UCCGUGCGUCAGCGCGUGCGCCCGUGAGCGUCUCCGCCGGCGCGUGAGCGUCGCAGCCCGGCGCGCGCCCCCGACGCCGCGGCGGAGUAGGGCAGGGGGCUGGCCGCCAUGACCCCCCGAAGCCCUGCGUCGGGGGCUGAGAUGUGGUGAUUUGCCAACACCUCGUGCAACUGGCCUCUGCAGGUUGCUGUAUCCGUUGAUGUCCCGGGGGACCUGUGCCCCUGCGCUGUACCACCCAGCGCCAUGUCGACCUCAUCACUCCGGCGCCAGAUGAAGAACAUCGUCCACAACUACUCGGAGGCGGAGAUCAAGGUCCGAGAGGCCACCAGCAAUGACCCCUGGGGCCCAUCCAGCUCCCUCAUGUCAGAAAUUGCAGACCUCACUUACAAUGUGGUAGCCUUCUCGGAGAUCAUGAGCAUGAUCUGGAAGCGGCUCAAUGACCAUGGCAAGAACUGGCGGCAUGUCUACAAGGCCAUGACACUGAUGGAAUACCUUAUCAAGACGGGCUCGGAGCGAGUGUCACAGCAGUGCAAGGAGAACAUGUACGCCGUGCAGACGCUGAAGGACUUCCAGUACGUGGACCGAGAUGGCAAGGACCAGGGCGUGAACGUGCGUGAGAAGGCCAAGCAGCUGGUAGCCCUGCUGCGGGAUGAGGACCGGCUGCGGGAGGAGCGAGCCCAUGCACUCAAGACCAAGGAGAAGCUGGCACAGACAGCCACAGCCUCCUCGGCAGCCGUGGGCUCGGGGCCCCCACCUGAGGCGGAGCAGGCCUGGCCGCAGAGCAGCGGGGAGGAGGAGCUGCAGCUACAGCUGGCCCUGGCCAUGAGCAAGGAAGAGGCCGACCAGCCGCCGUCCUGCGGCCCCGAGGAUGAUGUCCAGCUCCAGCUGGCCCUUAGUUUGAGCCGAGAGGAACACGAUAAGGAGGAGCGGAUCCGGCGGGGAGAUGACCUGAGGCUGCAGAUGGCCAUUGAGGAGAGCAAGCGGGAGACGGGGGGCAAGGAGGAGUCGUCUCUCAUGGACCUCGCUGAUGUCUUCUCUGCCCCGGCUCCUGCGCCAGCUUCGGACCCCUGGGCAGGCCCAGCACCCAUCACGGUUGCUGUCCCUGCAGCUGCCCCCACGUCAGACCCCUGGGGGACACCCACUGUUCCCCCAGCUGCUGACCCUUGGGGUGGUCCGGCCCCCACGCCGGCCUCUGGGGACCCCUGGAGGCCUGUUGCCUCCUCGGGGCCCUCAGUGGACCCCUGGGGUGGGACCCCAGCCCCUGCAGCCGGAGAGGGGCCCACACCAGACCCAUGGGGAGGCUCCGAGGUUGGGGCCCCCAUCAGUGGACCUCCAGCCUCGGACCCCUGGGCGCCAGCGCCAGCCUUCUCAGACCCCUGGGGAGGGUCACCUGCCAAGCCCAACACGAAUGGCACUGCAGCGGUCGGAGGCUUCGAUACAGAGCCUGAUGAGUUCUCAGACUUUGACCGACUCCGUACGGCCCUGCCAGCUUCGGGGAGCAGUACUGGUGAGCUGGAGCUGCUAGCAGGAGAGGUGCCUGCCUGCAGCCCUGGGGCCUUUGACAUGAGUGGGGUCGGAGGUUCCCUGGCCGAGGCUGUGGGGAGCCCCCCACCUGCAGCCGCCCCAGCCCCCACGCCCCCAACUCGGAAGACCCCAGAGUCCUUCCUGGGCCCCAACGCAGCCCUCGUGGACCUGGACUCCCUGGUGAGCCGGCCGGGCCCUGCACCACCUGGAACCAAGGCCUCGAAUCCCUUCCUGCCAAGUGGAGCCCCAGCCACCGGCCCCUCAAUCACCAACCCCUUUCAGCCCACACCCCCUGCGACGCUCACCCUGAAUCAGCUCCGCCUCAGUCCUGUGCCCCCUGUCCCUGGGGCACCGCCCACCUAUAUAUCUCCCCUGGGUGGGGGCCCUGGCCUGCCACCCAUGAUGCCCCCUGGACCCCCUGCGCCAAACACUAACCCCUUCCUUCUCUAAUCCGGGAGGGAGGGGCCUGGCGGGAGACGAGGCUCUACCCCGUCCUUGAGAUCAGUGUUGUGAGUGCAUGUGAAUCGGGGCGUCCCAGUGCCCUCCCUCCCGGGCCCAUUCACACUACACCCCUUUCCUACAUCCCCAUUCACCUCCCCUGAGAGACUGGACAUGGGACUGGGCAGCCAAGGAGGACCCCUGUCCGUGGCAUUAUAAGGGGGAGGACAGCUGGGGUCCCCCAUUCAUUCCUCCCUCCAGAUUGCCCCCAAUCAGUGUUUGAGCCUCAUUCCCCUUUUCACCCCUUGGUGAAUCCUUGGUGAUGAUUUUGGCAACUUCGGGAAUAAAUGGCAGUUCUCAUGGG